AAUAGAUUCCAGAGACUGCUACAGGUGUGGAGGAAAAAACCACAAAGCCAGUGAAUGCAGAUUUAAGAAGGAAAAAUGUUAUCAAUGUGGAAAAUUGGGUCAUAUUUCAAGGUCGUGUCGCAACAAAAAUAAACAGAGGGGACACACUGGCACUGGAAGUAGAGCAAAAGGAGUGUGGCCACAUAGAGCAUUUAAAGUAAGUGAAAAUAAUGAGAGUGAUGAGUCAGAAGAAACCUUCACUUUGGCAUGUAUAAAAGCGGAUGCUAUGAAGAAAGUGAAGCCCCUCACUGUUGAGUUACAUAUUGAUGACAAACUUGUGAGUUUUGAGAUCGAUACAGGAUGUAGUGUCAGUUUAAUGAACGAAGGUAUGUUCAAUGACAUUUGGAAAGACACAAACGCUCCCAAAUUAAGAUCCUCAAAAAUGAAGUUGAGAACUUAUACAGGAGAGCCAGUAGAGAUAGUGGGGGUAGCAGACGUUCAUGUAAAAUACCAGCAGCAGGAAAAAGAAAUGCCUCUUGUCAUAGUCAAAGGAACAGGACCAUGUUUACUAGGUCGAGGCUGGCUGGAAGAAAUUCAACUGCAAUGGGGUGAGAUAAAGCUGAUACAGUCAGAGAUGAAGACACUGCAACAGGUGCUAUCUAAGCAUGACGAAGUGUUCAAAGAAGAGCUUGGGACACUAAGGGGCACUACUGCUACUCUUCAUGUUCCGACUGAUGCCUCACCACGAUUUUACAGACCCAGAUCAGUGCCAUAUGCCUUAAAAACAAAGGUGGAAGAAGAAAUUAAUCGUCUGCUGCGAAACAAGAUCAUCUCACCUGUUAAGUAUUCAGAGUGGGCAGCUCCUGUUGUGCCUAUCUUGAAACCAGAUGGUAGUAUAAGACUAUGCGGUGACUACAAACUUACAGUCAACAGAGUGUCAACACUGGAACAAUAUCCAUUACCUAGAGUGGAAGAUCUUUUUGCUCUAUUGGAUGGAGGAAAGCAGUUCACAAAACUGGACAUGAGUCACGCAUACCAACAAAUAGUCAUGGAUGAGAACUCCAAGAAAUAUUUGACUGUGAAUACUUCCAAAGGGUUAUUCACAUAUAAUCGUCUACCUUUUGGAGUUGCGUCCGCCCCAGCUAUCUUUCAGAGAACAAUGGAGGGAUUGCUGCAAGGCAUACCUGGAGUAGUUGUGUAUCUGGAUGAUAUAUUGGUGACUGGAGGAAACCAAGACAGACAUUUGAAGACACUAGAUGAGGUGUUGACCAGGCUGAAAGAAGCUGGUUUGCGGCUAAAAAGGGGAAAAUGUGUGUUCCUGGCAAAUGAGGUGGAGUAUUUGGGUCACAGAGUAGAUGCACAGGGUCUACAUCCCACAGAAAAUAAAGCAAAAGCCAUUGAUGAAGCACCAGAACCAAGAAAUGUCACAGAGCUUAAGGCUUACCUGGGGUUGCUGAACUAUUAUAAUAAGUUCCUUCCAAAUUUGGCAACGCUACUAGCCCCCCUGCAUCUGUUGCUGAGAAAAGAUGUUCAAUGGAUGUGGAAAAAAGCACAAAAAGAAGCCUUCAAAGAAUCUAAAGCACUUCUGAAAUCAGCAAAGGUGCUAGUGCACUAUUCCUCAGAUUCAGAAUUAGUUCUAGCUUGUGAUGCCUCACCCUAUGGGGUUGGUGCGGUGCUCUCGCAGCGCAGAAAAGGAGAGAGCAUGGAGAAACCUCUUGGGUUCAUGUCACGAACAUUAACGGCUGCAGAGAAGCGGUACUCACAGUUAGACAAAGAAGGCCUAGCGGUGAUUUUUGGCAUCCAAAGAUUCCACAAGUACUUGUAUGGUCGUGCAUUCACAAUCUGCACUGAUCAUAAGCCCUUGAUCAAUUUGUUCAAUGAAACGAAAGCAGUUCCUCAAAUGGGAUCACCCAGAGUGCAAAGGUGGGCUGUGAUGUUACAAGCAUAUCAGUACAACAUUGUAUACAAGCCAGGAAAGUACCACCAAAAUGCUGAUGCACUGAGUAGACUCCCAAUGCCAAGUGAGGGAGAACCGGAGGACACCAAUGAUCAAGUGCUGAUGAUGGAAUUAAUGGAUGACUCACCUGUAAGUGCAGUGCAAAUUCGGAAGUGGACAUCACAUGACAUAACGCUCUCCAAGGUACAUGAGUACAUAUUAAAGGGUUGGCCUGAAGAAGUGGAGCCCUCACUGUUACCAUAUUAUCAUAGGAGAGAUUCGCUAAGUGUCAAAGACGGAUGUGUGAUUUGGGGAGCAAGGAUCAUCAUACCACCACAAGGCCGAGAAGCUGUAUCAAAACAGUUACACCAGACCCACUCUGGUAUGUCAAGAAUGAAAGGAUUGGCCCGUUCAUACAUGUGGUGGCCUGGUAUGGAUCAGGAUGUGGAGAAAGUGGUGCAGACAUGUGAGAUGUGUCAAAGUUUAAAAAAGGCACUGGCUCAAGCUCCAUUACACCCGUGGGAAUGGCCAGGGUCACCCUGGGAAAGACUUCAUAUUGACUACGCGGGGCCCUUCUUAGGAAGGAUGUUUCUAGUUCUGGUAGAUUCUCACUCCAAGUGGAUGGAAGUUUAUCCCACUAUGCAUGCAACUUCUCAAAUCACCAUUGAGAAACUGAGAAUGUGUUUCAGUACACAUGGAUUACCUAAAAUUGUAGUGUCUGACAAUGAAACAUGUUUUACCAGUCAAGAGUUUGAAAGUUUCAUGAAAAGAAAUGGCAUUCAACAUGUGAUGUCAGCUCCUUAUCAUCCUUCUUCCAACGGACUAGCAGAACGUGCUGUUCAAACCUUCAAGGAGGGUAUGAAAAAGAUGAAAGGUGACACAGUGGAGACAAGAGUAGCAAGAUUCUUGUUCAAUUAUAGAAUCACUCCCCAUGCAACAACUGGGUUGUCACCUGCUCAGAUGUUGAUGUCACGGAAAUUGAGAUCUACAUUUGACUUACUCCUUCCUGAUGUAAAGACCAAAAUUCUAAAAAAACAGCAGAAGCAAAAAGAAGCUCAUGACAAAAGUUGCAAACUCAGAAGUUUUGAUGUUGGAGAUUCAGUUUAUGUGAGGAACUACAGCAGUGGACCAAAAUGGAUACCUGCAGUUGUGGAAAGUUGUACUGGACCUCUGUCAUACAAGACCACUCUCGGCCAGGGGCAAACAGUGAAGAGGCAUGUGGACCAAAUAAGAACUCGGAGUACAGAUGGAAUUCUCGACACUGUAAUACCCAGAGAGGAUGAACAGAACGUAUAUACUCCUGCGUUACCGACUGCAGAGGUGGUUGAUGCACCUGCAGAUAGGGAGCUGUCUGCAUUGGAAAAGCCACAGUUACCGGAAGUGACUGCUGUGGAAAAACAGACCAACUUACCUACAAAUCUGAGAAAGUCUGCCAGAGAAAAACGUUCUCCAGCUCACUUCAAAGACUAUGUUGCAUAGAAUAAAUUAGUAAAAGUAUCAGUUCUACUUGAUAGCUUGAAAAGGUUAUAUUAAGAAUCUUGAUCAAUAAUUUUUAUAAUUUGUUACUUAUUUACAGGUUGUAUAUUUCUUAAGUGAUUAUUGUGAUUUAGUUUGAAAGACUAAGCUAUACAAAUAACAGAAAAGAAACAUUCCAAUUGAUAGCUUAAGGAGGAGGGGAUGUAGUAUCCUGGAGUAACCACAAGAGGUCGUUAUUGGUUUAUACAUGUGUGUUAUUGCCUGUAACCCAGUUGAAAGACGAGAGCCGAUGCAGGAAGGCAUACGGUGGAAAUGUCUGUUGUUACAACUGAAGUAAACAGAAGUAAAGGUUCGUUUCAACCC